AUGAGUGGAACCGGGACUCUUUUAAUUAACCCAGGAUGUACGCUCGGAAAUGAGCGUUUCAUCAUCAAGAGCACGAAAAAAGACGCAAAACCAACAGACAAUUUCCCAUUCCCCAUGUUCAACAUAAGCCAGCUAGCCAGCAAUUUAAGUGAAAAACCAGAACGUCCACAUGCGUUAACGAAAAUCGCAUAA